GGAACUGGGGGGGGGGCGGUAGGAGGGAGGCCAUUUCCUGAACCCCACUUCUCAGAUUCAGCACCUAGAGCAGAACCAGGAAGGAUUCUGGGAGCCAGAGAGGACUGACAGACGUUCAAGAGGGUGGAGACCAGAGUGGGGAAGAACCCGGCCGGGGGGAAUGAGCCGGGCAUGGGGAAGGGGGCCUUUCUUAAGGCAGGAGUUCCCUGCACAGCGAUCUCCAGUAUCUCAAGUAGAGUGGCCACAGGAACGCCACAUAACGGCGGGGUUCAUGGUCCGGCGGGUGCUAGCGGCUGGCCUGCUUUUCAGUCUGCUCCUUGGUUCUUCUGUGCUUUUGGUCUACAUCUUCCGGAGCUGUGGCCCUAGGCCCUGCAGGACGCCCGAGUGUCAUGAUCUUCAGGCUCGUUACCUGGCCUCUGGGAACACCAGUGUGGCCCCCUGCACCGACUUCUUCAGCUUUGCCUGUGGAGACGCCAAAGGCACCAAGAGCUCUUUUCAGGCUCUUGCAGAGGAGAACAAGAGGAGACUUCGGGAAAUACUGGAAAAGCCAGGUUCCCGGCACCUGGGCACUGGGGAGGACAAAGCUUUCCAGUUCUACAGCUCCUGUGUGGACACAGGUGCCAUCGAAGCCGAAGGGGCUGCCCCCCUCAGACAAGUCAUUGAGGAGCUUGGAGGCUGGCGAAUCUCCGGUAAUUGGACUUCCUUAGACUUUAACCGAACCCUGAGCCUUCUGAUGAGUCAGUAUGGUUAUUUCCCAUUCUUCAGAGCCUACCUGCGACCUCAUCCUACCCUUCCACACACGCCAGUCAUUCAGCUGUCUCCUGUAGCACCUUCCCCAUCCUCCCACACCUGUCCUCUCCUCCCUCCACGCUCCCUACUUCUCUCCAGUAUCUCUUGUGUCCAGAUAGACCAGCCAGAGUUUGAUCUUCCCCUCAAGCAAGAGCAGGAACAGAAGAUCUAUGCUCAGAUUGUGCGGGAAUACCUGGCUUAUCUGAGUCGGCUGGGAGCCUUGCUAGGAGGAGACCCAGACAAGGUGCAACAACAUGCCUUCCUGUCCAUCUCCAUUACCUCACAGCUGUUUCAGUUUCUGAGGCCCCUGGAGCAGCAGCAGGCACAGGAGAAGCUCUUUCAGCUGGUCACUAUUGACCAACUGCAGGAAAUGGCCCCUGCCAUCGACUGGUUGUCCUGCUUGCAAGCGACAUUCACGCCAAUGUCCCUGAGACCCUCCCAGCUCCUCGUAGUCCAUGACCUGGAGUAUUUGAAAAACAUGUCUCAGCUGGUGGAAGAGCAGCUGUUGAAAUACAGAGACUUUCUGCAGAGCCACAUGAUCUUGGGGCUGGUGGGGACCCUCUCUCCAGCCCUGGACAGUAAGUUCCAGGAGGCACGCAGAUCACUGAUCCAGAAACUGCGGGAGCUGACCCAACGACCACCCAUGCCCACCAGCCCUCGAUGGAUGAAGUGCGUAGAGGAGACAGGAACCUUCUUCGAGCCUACCCUCACAGCCUUGUUUAUUCAUGAGGCCUUCAGUCCGAAAACCCAAAGUGCUGCCAUGGAAUUAUUCACUGCAAUCAAGGACACCCUCAUCACUCGCCUCAGGAGGGUUCCCUGGAUGGAUGAGAAGACCCGGAAAGAGGCCCAGGAUAGGGUCACCCAACUGCAGGUGAAGAUGGGGGGCCCAGAAUGGGCCCUGAAGCCAUCACUGGCCAGGGAGGAAUACAACGAUAUACAGCUUGGACCCAGCUACCUGCAGUCCUUCCUGAGCUGUGUCCGAUCUCUCCGAGCUAGAAUUGUCCAGAACUUCUUGCAGUCUUUCCCCCAGCACAGGUGGCAGGUGUCCACCUGGGGGGUCAGUGCUUACUAUUCAAUAUCUGACCAUGUGGUGGUCUUCCCAGCCGGACUCCUCCAACCUCCAUUCUUCCACCCUGGCUACCCCAGAGCCGUGAACUUUGGCGCUGCUGGCAGCAUUAUGGCCCAUGAGCUGCUGCACAUCUUCUCCCAGCUGUUACUCCCUGGGGGCUGCCCAGCCUGUGACACCCAUGCCCUACAGGGGGCGCUGCUGUGCCUGAAACGCCACUACCAAUCCAUUCCAUUACCCGGCGGACUCUCCUUCAAUGGCUCUUGGACACUACUGGAGAAUGCCGCCGACAUCGGGGGGCUGGCCAUUGCACUGCAGGCGUACAGCAGGAGGCUGUUAGGGUACUACGGAGAGACUAUCCUGCCCAACCUGGACCUCAGCCCUCUACAGCUCUUCUUCCGAAGCUAUGCCCAGGUGAUGUGUAGGGAGCCCAGCACCUGGGAACCCCAGGAUCCUCACAGCCCUCCCAUGCUUCGAGUACAUGGGCCCCUCAGCAACACGCAAGCCUUUGCCAGACACUUCCACUGUCCGCGUGGUGCCCUCAUGAACCCCUCCAAACGCUGCCAGCUCUGGUAACCUGGCUACCACAGAGACUCCAACUUAGAUGUAACAACACCUCCCUGCCCCAUCCAUGGAAUCAGACGCUAUCUCCUUUCCCUUUCCCUUCCAAAAAUAAAAGCUGGCACUUGGCUUCUGACUGUC